AUGGUAGAACAUUUGAAAGAGGAAAAACCUGAUAGAGAGUGGGAGAACGUGGAAAACCAUCUCAUCUUGGAUGCUUUCGCACAGGAGUGUAGCCGUGUACUCACUCUUCUCAACGGUGGCCGGUUCGUGGAGCCCCAAGAUCCUCUGCCCUCCUCCGUUACCUCCCACAUCAAGCAGUAGGAAAGCUGCCUCUCUAGGCCUGGGGGGGAGUCAAAGCCAGACGCGGGUCAAGUGGGUCACUGCCCCAACCUGGGCAAGCCACAGCCCAGGGAGAGCUCCACCGUUGAUCCUGAUGAUGAAGCACAGCACAGUCACUGGAGCCAAAAACAAACAUACGCAUUCCUGCACAUCUUCACAAAGUCCCUCCAGAACUACCUGUUCUCCGGGCCCCAGCAGCCACACCCGGACCUGGGCCUCGAGGGAGAGCGAGUCCCAUCGGCCGAGUUUAGGGUGUCACCCAGCAAUAACCUUGGGGGCUGGAGCUCCCCAGCCCCUUCGGAGUCCUAUGGCCACCCCUCGUCCACCCUGCCGGAGGAGGAAGAGGAGAGCUGCUGCCCUCGCUGUGUGGAGCUGGAGCAGGAGAUGCUGUGUCUGCAGAAGGAGAAUGAAGAGCUGCACAACAAGCUGGACAACAUACCAGCUCCCUGCCAGACUGUGCUGGACUUCUUCAAGACUGUUCUCCAGCACCAUAACCAGUUUAUACAGCCCAUGUCACAGGAGCAACAAACCGAGGUAAGCAAGCAGUUUCUCCUGGGGAACUACCCUCUCUUCUUCACCAACAAGCAGUGGGACGAGGCUGUCAACUCGUCCAAGAAGGACGGCCGGCGGCUGCUGCGCUACCUGAUCCGCUUCGUCUUCACCACGGAUGAGCUCAAGUACUCGUGCGGCUUGGGCAAAAGGAAGCGCUCGGUUCACCCAGGAGAGCCUGGACCGGAGAGACAGCCCCUCAACCCUGUCAAAGUCACCUGCCUCAGAGAGUUUAUCCGAAUGCACUGUGCCUCCAACCCUGACUGGUGGUUGCCUUCCGAGGAACAGAUCAACAAAGUAUUCAGUGAUGCGGUGGGUCAUGCCCGCCAGGGUCGGUCCGUGGGGGAAUGUGAGAGAAAUGACAAGAUUAUGUUAUAAUUAUUUUAUUGCAUCAAAUGGUUGCAACAGAAUAGAGGGUUCUUAUAACUCUAUCGUGUCUGUGUGAACUGAAAGUGGGCCUCUGGGAGAUUUAACACUGACAGGAGAUUUUUUAUGUCUGUUGGGUGAUAAAACCUAAAGAGACUGCAGUUAAUGUUUCUGUUCUAUGAGAUACCAAAGAGAGAUGACUCCAGGGCCAGACCCUGGUCUCUACACAAUUAUAUUUUUUUUACAGAAGAUACUGUCUGCUGUGAAUUAUAAGUAUCUUUCAUACACAUCUUAACCUUGUGACCCAUACCAUACAUCUGUUGUUUGGCAUGUAGACUGAAGGGGGUGUAUCUUGGCUAUAAAAUACCUUUGUAUCUUUGUCUUGGGGCUCUCAACGUCGACCAGCUAUCAUUAACAUAGAGCACUCAAUAGAUUAACUUUAUAUGUGUGUGUUGUAUUGACCUGCUCCCUUAUUAAUAAGUGAAUAAAGAUUUAG